GAUUCCUCUCGACCGGGGACUCUGAAAUCCCUGGCAACCUCGGGCUGAAGGACCAGACGAUGGCCCUCCGGUGGGUGCAGGACAACAUCCGGGCAUUCGGCGGCGAUCCAGCCAAGGUCACCAUCUUCGGGGAGUCAGCCGGCGCCGCGUCCGUUCACUUCCACAUUCUGUCGCCCAUGUCCGCAGGACUCUUCCAGCGCGCCAUCAUGCAGUCGGGAACCGCCAUCUGCCCGUGGGCGCUCAGGGAGGACCACUGGGAAGUGGCAACCCGAAUCGGCGAAAUGGUCAACUGCUCAGGGUCGUCUCCUUUGACCAGUUCAGAGCUGGCCGCCUGUCUGAGGGAGGUCCCUGUCGAAGACCUGGUCAGGGCGCCGAAAAAGUUCAGAGUGUUUACCGAGUUCCCGAGCGUGAUGACGCCCUCCGUGGACGGCGAAUUCCUCCCGGAUCACCCCGCCGCGCUGCUCAGGGAGGGAAGGUACAGCAAGGUCGACGUCAUCACGGGAGUGACCCAGCACGAAGGCCAAUCGAUCGUCUCCUUUCUCAGCGGCAACGGCAGCUCGGCCUCUCUGGUCGAGGACUUCGCCACCAACGGCCCCGUCGUCUCGUACAUGGAGCACGAGGACAACCGCGAGUACCUGGCCCGCCGCCUCUUCCACCACUACUUCGGGCCCCUGGAAGACCUGGGCGGGAAGAUGGGCAUCAUGCAGGAGCUCCUGAGUGACCGCCUGUUCAGGAUGUGCAACCAGGACACCCUCGAGCAGCACGCGCGCGACGCUGCGUUCGGCCGCCGCGCCUUCGCCUACGAGCUGCAGCACGUCGGGGAACACGGCUUCCUGUUGGCUUUCAUGGGCCUUGGCAGUUCUGCCAACGAGCACGUCAGCCACGGAGACGACAUCCAGUACCUGUUCGACUUCGAGGCGAUGAACCUAACUCUGCGUCGCGAGGAGGACCUUUUCGUCAAGAGAAUCAUGGUGGAUCUGUGGACCAACUUCGCCGCCACGGGGCAUCCAACACCUGAUCUGUCUCUGGGCUUCACUUGGGAGCCGGUGACGAAAUCUGGAGACUCCUAUCUGGCCCUCACCUCCUCGCCUUCCAUGAAGACCUACGAUAAUGAAGAGGUCCGCCACUUCUGGAGGAACAUGCCGCUGAAGACCAACCAGCUGCUCGACCCCGGCCGCUUCAGGAGGUGCGAUCGCCCCGCCGUCGCAGGGGCUCCUUCGGACUCCCCAGGGACACUGUGAAGGACUCCGCUGUCGUAGCAUUCGGAGGACACCAACCAAGAGCGCAAUGGAGUUUGUUCGUAUUAGUAAUCUCCCUUAAAAAUUGUCAUUAUCUGGCUCGUAGGUUAUUUGCUCUUGAGGGUGUUACUUGAAUUGCCUCCUUAAACGUGUUUUAAGGGCAAAUUUGGCCACCCAGGCAAUGAGUUCGUUUCUACCCAGGUCAUUUGGUACAUUUGUAUGAUGUUUUGUCACACUUGAUAGUCUGAAAAUUUCUUACACAAUGAAGACAACUUUGGGAUUCCAGGCAAAAGGUUUCAUGUAUGGAUCGUUUGGA